AUGACGAUUCAAUUUGCCCUCAAGGCCAUGGUUUGUUGGGACAAUUCCGGAUCCAUUCCGCCGACGGUGCUAAAGCUCAGCGAAAAAAUCUUCGCCUUUACCUCGGCUUCUGCAGCGGCAGAGACGAGGCUGGGCGCCGUCUACGUGGCUGCCUUCUCUUUCAAGGCGGCAGAGACCACGGCCAGUGCGGCAGCACGGCUCUUGCUCACGGCGCCAACAGGCCUCCAGUUCAUGGCAGACACGGAUUGCAGCCCGGACAGCAGCGCCGCCUUGCUUCCACUGCCCUCGGCCAGCGAAGCGGCUUUCUCCGGUGGCCGCGUGCUUCCUGUGGGCUGGUGCACGGCGACGCGCAGGACAUCCAGGCAAACGCUGCUUCUGACAAGCGAUCUGCCGGCCGUGCAGUCUGCCGCCUUUCCGUCGGCAUUGAUAAACCUGGCGAAGCCCCUGGUGGACUAUCGCUUCCGAUACCUGUUCCGCGUGGCCGUGCAGCAUCCCAUGGCGCAGCCCAGCUACGGAAUCCAUGUCUGGGUGCUGAGCUUGCUGGACGACAACUGGAACAUGGUCGCCCAACGUGGCGACCUCGGCGCCUACGCACUCGUCGGGGAGCUUACUUUGUCCGUGGAGACGACGAGUCGCCUCCUUUCAUCCCCAGGCCGGCCCGAGGAGGGGAACCUCACCGUCCACUUCCAGCUGAGCCUCGCAGUAGAAGGGGGCGACUUGCUCUUUCGGCUGGCUUCGGGCUUUCGAUUUCCGCUUCUUCGCCAUUUCUCCGCUCCAGGAAGCUCCGCGCCGGCGGACGAGAACGCCACCACCACGGCCACGACCACCACCGCCACGCAUACGGGAGAGCCGGAGGUUCGCUGCUCUGUUUAUCCGGCACCCGGGCUCGUUGUCCUCAUGGCCACCUGCGAUCCGCAGGCUGGGGAGCUUCGUUUGACCACCGAGCGGCUGCAAGCAGGCCGGAAGCGACGUGUACCGCAAUCUGUCAAGAAGCUUGUGCAACAGAUGUCGGCCGCUUUCGCGCACAGCGUUGCCGUGUCCUCGGGCACUUUUUUCCUGGCAGACAGCGCGGCUCAGUUGGCGGAGCGGUGUUCGAAAGGAGCAUCCAACCGAGACACUGGGAUACAGGCUGGACGAGACAUCUAUGAAUUGACAUCUGACUACUCUUUGGCUCGUGCGCUGCGUUACGCGUUCGUCGGCGGACUGGUAAUGGCCCCAAUGUUCCACGUGUGGUACCAAAUCAUCGAGCGAAUCUUCCCCGGGCGGCGGCUUUGGUAUCAGAAGCUUCUACUAGAGAGCUGCACGAUCGCGCCUGUAUACCUUGCUUGCAACAUGACGGCAACAGCUUCCUUGAAGACGCUGGGAGUCUUUGAAGCUGCAGGUGGCUCGGUACAGCAGCUACGGGAAGAAGUGCAGUCGAAGCUCUCCACGGACUUUCCGCGCUUGUACUUCAAUGCCCUGACCGUGGUACCCAUCUACCAGGCAGUGAACUACCGCUUCGUGCCGCUCCGCUAUCGCAUGUUCUGGCUCAAUGGAUGUCAACUCUUCUGGAACAUCUGGGUUUCGCACCGCGUCGCCAGGGAUGUAGAGCACCGCUGA